AUGACAGCAAAGUCAAAACUUCCGUCAUUAACAACAAGGCUAAUUCAAAUAGCUUGCGCCAUUCUUUGGUGUCUAGCAGCAGCUGGUCCCGUGUUUGGGUUUGCUGCAUUGAAACCAAUUUUGAUAUCCCAGCAUAUCUAUGAAUCAAAAUGUGAUGUGGACAUAGAAUCUACAGAAACCAAAUGUGUUGAUCAGGAUUUAUCAUUAAACUUUUUAUUCACAAUUGCUUGUAUGAUGACAAAUAUUAGUGCAUUACCUGUUGGAUCUAUAUUGGACAUUUAUGGACCAAAAAUAACGGGAAUUAUUGGAUCUUUCAUAAUAGCGCUAGGAUCGUUGAGUUUAAAAUUCGCAAAUAAUUUGACAUUUCUUGAUGGGUAUUUGAUUGGUUACACUUUGUUAGCCUUAGGGGGUCCAUUUGUGUUCAUUAGUUGUUUCCAACUUGCAAAUAGCUUUCCCAAAAACUCGGGUCUAAUUUUGGCAUUAUUAACAGGUGCAUUUGACUCAUCGUCGGCAUUAUUCUUGAUUUAUAGAAUCUAUUACUUCAGUGUUGGUGAGUUGUCGGUUAGUAGCUUCUUCACGGGGUAUUUGAUUGUACCAGCAUUCAUCUUCCUUUGCCAAGUGUUUAUCAUGCCAAGGGACUCUUACAAGACGGUUGGGACAUUGGCAAAGAUUGCUGAAACAGGUAUUGAUGAGACUGGAAGACCAUUGGAUGAUGAUUUAUUACUUCCCGAGGAUCGCGAAAGUGCAAUUACAGCAAGAGAUGAUCUUUAUCAACCGACAAUUACUGAAACAACUGCUCUUUUGAUGAGAAGGCCGUCAGGUGUUAGCAGAAGAGCAUCGACGUUAUCAAGAGCUUCUUACAAUUCGAUAAAGUCCUCGUAUGAACAAGAAGCCGAUACAAAGUUGGUCUCAUCUUCUGGUGGUGUGUUUGGAGUCUUGCAUGGAUACUCAAUAUCACAACAAUUGAAAUCUCCUUGGUUUUCCCUAAUGACAUUCUUUACCACUAUUCAAAUGUUGCGUAUAAACUUUUUCGUAGCAACAAUCAAAGCUCAAGUGUUUUACUUGUAUGGAGGUGAUGAGGAGAUUGCUACAACCGUGAACCACUUCUUUGACUUGGCUUUGCCAUUGGGUGGAAUAUGUUCCAUUCCUUUUAUUGGUCUUAUAUUGGAUAACUUGUCUACAUUGACUGUAUUGUAUAUUCUAACUGGAAUGUCGUUAUUCAUCGGGGUAAUGGGAUUGCUAUCUUGGAUUCCAGGUACCUAUGCCGGUAUCAUAGUUCUUGUUGUUUAUCGUCCAUUUUAUUACACUGCAGUGUCAGAUUUUUGUGCAAAGGUAUUUGGGUAUGACAAUUUUGGAACUGUUUAUGGAGCAAUCAUUGCAAUCAGUGGGUUGUGUAACAUCUUGCAACAAGUAAUGGAUAAGACCACCAAGGAAUAUUUCCAUAUGAACCCUUCACCAAUUAACUUCCUUUUGGUUGCCUUGACAUUCGUGUUUGGUGCAGGAUUAAUCGGUUUCGUCAAAUCUCAAGAAAAGGAUAUAAAGAGGAGGAGUUUAGAAAUGGAAGCUGAAGAUGCAUCGUAUAGAUCAAUUCCAACAUAG